UCAUGACUGGGAAGGGGCUGGUCAUCUACCCGGAAAUUGGGGAUAAACUGGACAUUAUCUGCCCCAAGGCGGAGCCAUCCAAGCCUUACGAGUACUACAAGCUGUACCUGGUGAAGAAGGACCAGGCAGAUGCCUGCAGCACCGUCAUGGACCCCAACGUGCUGGUGACGUGCAAUCGGCCUGAGCAGGAGAUCCGCUUCACCAUCAAGUUCCAGGAGUUUAGCCCCAACUACAUGGGCCUGGAGUUCAAGCGGCAGCAGGAUUACUUCAUCACAUCCACUUCCAAUGGGACACUGGAUGGCCUGGAGAACAGGGAAGGAGGGGUCUGCCAGACGCGCUCCAUGAAGAUUGUCAUGAAAGUGGGGCAGGAUCCAAACGCGGUGAUCCCAGAGCAGCUGACAACGAGUCGGCCGAGCAAGGAGUCCGACAACACGGUGAAGAUCGUCACGCAGAGCCCACGCAGCAAGGUCCCUGCGGUGGAGGAGCCUGGCAAGCCGGGCUCCGUCAACCAGGAUGGCCAAGAGACCCAGGGUCCCAGCGACGGCUUCUUGAGCUCCAAGGUGGCCGUCUUCGCGGCGAUCGGCGCCGGCUGUGUCAUCUUCAUCCUCAUCAUCAUCUUCCUCGUCGUCCUCCUGAUCAAGAUCCGCAAGCGGCACCGGAAGCACACGCAGCAGCGAGCCGCAGCCUUGUAC